GGGAGGGCGGACCGCGGAACUUGCGGAGGAGGAGCCCGCAGGUAGGGUGGCGGAGGAGGGCCGGCUUCUUCGCGGAGCGGGGCUGGGUACUGUGACGCUGCGCGCCCGGCGGGCGCAGAAAGAGCGCACGACCCCGAGUCAGACUGGAAUACUGAGUUUGAAGCCGCCACCAUGGGCGCCUGUUUGGGGGUCUGUUCCCUGCUCAGCUGUGCAUCCUGUCUCUGUGGCUCAGCCUCCUGCAUCUUGUGUGGCUGCUGCCCUUCCACCCGCAAUUCCACCAUCAGUCGGCUUGCCUUCACCUUCUUACUGUUCCUAGGAGUCCUGGUGGCUGUCAUCAUGCUCAGCCCUGCAGUGGAGAGCCAACUAUACAAGCUGCCCUGGGUGUGUGAGGGGGGCUCGUCUACCUUGGGCAUCGAGGGCCACGUGGACUGUGGAUCCCUGCUGGGCCAUCGCGCUGCCUACCGCAUGUGCUUUGCGCUGGCUGCGUUCUUCUUUCUCUUCACCCUGCUGAUGAUCUGCGUGAAGACCAGCAAAGACCCCCGAGCUGCCAUCCAGAAUGGGUUUUGGUUUUUUAAAUUCCUGGUUCUUCUGGGCAUCACUGUGGGUGCCUUCUAUAUCCCGGAUGGCUCCUUCACCAAUGUCUGGUUCUACUUUGGGGUGGUUGGCUCCUUUUUCUUCAUCCUCAUCCAGCUCAUUUUGCUGAUCGACUUUGCACACUGUUGGAACCAGAGCUGGCUGUGGAAGGCCGAAGAGCGAGACUCCCGGUGCUGGUAUGCAGGCCUCUUCUUCUUCACCUUCCUCUUCUAUGGAGUCGCCAUUGCUGCUGUAGCCCUCAUGUAUACCUACUAUACCCAGUCGGGAUCCUGUUACGAAGGCAAGGUCUUCAUCAGCCUCAACCUCGUCUUCUGUGUCUGUGUCUCCAUCGUGGCUGUUCUCCCCAAGGUCCAGGAAGCCCAGCCAAACUCAGGCCUGCUCCAGGCCUCUGUCAUCAGUGCCUACACCAUGUUUAUCACCUGGUUAGCUCUGAGCAACAUCCCUGACCAGAAAUGCAACCCUCACCUUCCAGUAAUCACCAACACAACCAGCUUGGAUACUUCUGAUGUCUACACUACACAGUGGUGGGAUGCGCCCAGCAUCGUUGGCCUAAUCGUCUUCAUCCUCUGCACCAUCUUCAUCAGUGUUCGCUCUUCUGACAACAAGCAGGUGAACAACCUGAUGCAGACAGAGGAGAACCCACCAAUGCUGGAUGGCCAGGAGCAGGUGGCUAAGGGCCGGGCCUAUGACAAUGAGCAGGAUGGAGUCUCCUACAGCUACUCCUUCUUCCACUUCUGCCUCUUCCUCGCCUCCCUCUACAUCAUGAUGACACUCACCAACUGGUACAAACCAGAUGAUAUCACCAGGAAGAUGGUCAGCACCUGGACUGCAGUCUGGGUGAAGAUCUGUGCCACCUGGGCAGGGCUGCUCCUCUACCUAUGGACCCUGGUUGCCCCACUUCUCCUGCCCAACCGAGACUUCAGUUGAGACCGGUUCAGGUCCCCAGUGCCACUACUGCCUGACCAAAGAUGCCUUAUUGCCAAGGGACAGAUGACAUCAGUCCCUAUUCGAGUCUGGCUCCCCCAAUCCUCCCCUGCCCCUCACCUCCUCUAGACAUUCUGUGAUGGAACUGCUCCUCCUCCCCUUCUCCCCACUCUUCUCUAAAGCCAGUGUGGAAGGACGGAGGCAGAGAAAGCAUCCUGAAGGCCGGAUGACUUCUAGGUACCCUUUCAUCUGUAACCCUCUGUGAGUGAGCCUGUCAGCAUCCCUAUCUGUGGUCGAGGUUGGAACUCGGCUCCUUUCUUCCCGGUGCCUUUGGGGCUUGGAUGGAACUUGGAGGGACCAGAGUGUGGGUUAUGGGGCCAUGCUACUGCUGUGGAGCCACACACAACUGCUCCUCCUGUCACCCCCUGCUUUCUCCUUCUCCUCUCAACCCCCCAAACCUCUAACUCCCCCAGACAACCUCAAUUAUGUAACUUUCAACUCUCCUCCAGCAUGGGUGUCCUCCCUCAGAGUGGGGACAGGACAGGACAAGCUUGUGUCUUCAUUGCCCAGCAGGGAGGUUCAUGGAGGCCACCGUGAUGGGAGGAGAGGUUCCCAGCACUGGGCCAGGAAUGUUCUCCACCCCACGUUCCUCUCUCCUUCUUCUCCAUUCCUGGGCUCUGCUUCUUUUAGAAACCCUUCCGUUUAAAAAUUUUUAAAAACGACACAAUAAUAAACAUCCAGUGGGUUUGCCUUUCCAAGCUCACUGCCUCUGCCCGUCUCCUUGGACUCCUGGGCUUGUGCCUUUUGUGCCCAAUGGGGCCAUGUCUAACUGGAUCCCCAGCUCUCUGCCUCACUUCCCAACCAGCCCAAAGGACCUGGAGCUGUCCUCCAUACAGUCCUAUCAAGCCUGCCCCAAUAAAGGGGAAGUAGAGGCCCUCAGCUUCUUGAGGAUAGCUACAACUGAGCUGAGAAUCUGCCCUGCCAAUCAGGAAUUCCUGGUCCUGGAUCAAUCCUUCCAUGCCAACAUUGGCACCUGGGCAGCCUGCUAGAUCUAGCUCAGGGUGCUGGUCUCGGAAAGGGGCAUACUCUGCCUAGAUAUGUCUGUUGUUCUUUCUAGGACUCUUAGGGUGGGAAGCAGAGGGAUCCAACCAAAUAUAGCUUCCCAUUCCCAGCUUAGUCACUCUCCAUCCUCCACAAGAUAGAGAGCCCUGAAUGAGAAAAUAGCAAAAUGCCUUAUGUAGGUAGUCAAGUGCCACUAGGGAGACAAAGAAAGGAACCCCCACUGAUGGGGAACUCUGGGUAUGAUGGGGAAAGUAGGACCCUUUUGAAACAACCCAUAAGGGGAUUCUUGGCUCCCCUGCUAACUCUAUCAAUGGGUCCUCUCCACUUGGGACCUCAGUUCCAUCUUCUUCAGAUGGCCUGAGGAUGGACGUACCCAGACAUUUAAUAACUAGUUCUGUUUAAUUCCAUUGUUACUGUGGCCUUAUAAAAAUCAUCACUGGCUUUCUGUGUGGCCCUGGGCAAGUCACUUCACCAUGGGCCUCAGUUUACUCACCCAUAAAAAGGGAAUAAUACCUCACAGGAUUGUUGUGGUCUUCAAAUGUGAUAUAAUGGAUACGAAGGCCCUCUAUAAACUAAAGUACUGUAUAAACAGGAAUUAUUUUAAACAUGAUGAAUGAGGGCACUUGCCUUAGGGUCCUGUGCAAGACACUGGGGCCAAUAUACAUUAUCAGCCCUUAACGAUUUUAUGAUCCAAUUGAGACAAAGCUUACCAUAUACUGUGUGUAUUCAAUUAAACAUUUAUUAAGUACCUCCCUCAAGAAGCUUGCAUUCCACUGAGGGGAAACAUUAUGUGUACCAGAGAAGUAAAUACAAUGUAAUUUCAAUUGGGAUUGGGUUCUGACCACUGGGGAGUGGGCGAAGCAUCAGACAGGUCCUGGCAUAGGAGAUGGCUGCCGAGCUGUGCGUGAGAAUAUCCAGUGAGAGAGGUGGGCAGACAGAUGGCUUGUGUGGCAGGGGCAGGAGGGAGGCAGGGUCAUGUAUUGGAAAUCAUGCUGGGUUUAGAGUCUAUAAACAGGCUUGAAUCUUGGCUCUGCUACUUCCUGUGGAAUCAUGCAUGAGUCUCUCUUUGGACAUCGGACUUAUUGAUUCUACAUUUGACCCUGCUGGCACCCUCUUGUGCCUGGAUUUUCAGAGCACUGCUUUCUCCUGGUUCUCACCAAGUUCUUUCAACACUCUGAGCUGGAGUCAUCACCUCUAAAAUGAAACAGUUGUGAUAGAGAGAUGGCCAUAAUAAGUAUUUGCUUUUUUUCAUUCAUUCCUUCACAGGUCCAUUUGAGCUCUAAUGCUAUGAUCCUAUAAAUCACCUCCCAACUAUUGGCUGUUGGCUAUUGCUCAUUCUCCUUUGCUUCCCCCCAGGGGUGGGUUCAGUCAUAGAUGCUUUUCCUUCUCUCAGUGAUCUUAUCAGUUCCUGUGGAUUCACCUAUCAUUUCAAGAUUAGAUGAUUCCCAGACCUCUAUAUCCAGCCCUUGUCUUCUAAGAUCCAGCCCAACAUCACCAACUGCCCAUUGGACAUUUCCCAGUGGAGCUUGUAUGGAUGUCACAAACCACUCACUACUUUUCCCCUAAAAUCCUGCCCUUGUCCAAAUUGCUCAUCUUUGUAGAAGUUUCCACUGUCCUUCCAAUCCCAACUAACGACCUGCCCUUGAGUUCCCUCUCCCUUACCCCAUGUGUGCAAAUAUUUGCCAAUUCUUGCUGAUCCCAUUUCCAUAAAACCUCCCACCCAAGUCACGACCUUAGUGUCCAAGCCCUUAUCCCGGGCUAUUCCCUCAUCUUCCUGAUUGGUUUUCUUACCUCUAGAGUUUCCAUCCUCUUUUCAGCUGCCAAAGUGAUAUCCCUAAAGUCACAGGUAGGACCAUGUUACUCCUCUGCUCAAGAAGUUCCAGUGGCUCCCAGUUCUUUCUAAGCCUGAAUACAAACUUUUCUGCCACACAGAGCCCUUCAGAGUCAGGCUUCUGUACUUAUUACAGGUUGCUCUUCACGUAUACUCUGCUGCAGCCAAACUGGCCUCUUAGCUGUUCCUUAGACAUGAAGUUACAUUUAUCAUCUCUGUGCCGUUGUAAAGGUGAUCUUCCAUAGCUGGAAUAGAUGCCCUCCUCACCUGCACCUGGCAGGAUCCCUUACUUCCUUCAAAGCUCAGCUCAAAUACCCCCUCCUUCAGGGGGGCAGUCUACCCUCAUCCUGCCAGUUACUGUAGUUCCUCCAUCUCCGUCAUUAAUUUUUAAUUUACUUAGUAUUCUUUUUUGUAUUUAUGUAUCUGUUCAUAUUGUUUCUUCCAUAAGAUUGGAAGCUCACUGAGGGCAGGUACUGGUGGCUGUUUUUUUUUUAACCUCAGAGCAUAGCACAGCGCCUGGCAUUUAGUAAACACCUAAUAAAUGCUUGUUGAAUGAAUAAAUGCAAGUCACUUAACCUCUC